AUGGAGCGACGUGACUCGAGCGCCGCCUCAGCCGCCCGGAACGGCAUCGUGAAACGACUAUCGUGUCUCCAGCAGGGCGCCAGCAGCCAUUACAUGAACCUGUACCUGCCACUUCGGGGAAUCACACUCGCCCAAGUUGUCAGUGUCUAGAUCCUCCAUCGACAACCAGCUCCGGCGGGGCGAAGACAAAGUUUCAGGAGACCCACACGUCCUCCCGGCGACUGGUUCAAAGGAGGACAUGCUAGUUGUCCUUGGUGACUUUAGUGACCUCGACGGGACAAACCACUCUGCCUGGAGGGGAGAGCUGUGUCCCCAUGGUCUCGACGGCUGCAACGACAAUGACCUCCUCCUUUUGCGAACCUGCGCAGAACACCGUCUCCUCCUCCUCCUCCUCCUCCUCCUCCUCCUCCUCCUCCUAACUAUCACCCUUUUCCGCAUUCCAACGCGAGAGAGGGCGACCUGGAUGCAUCCUCGAUCGCGAUGCUGGCAUCCGCUAUACUACGUUUUGUUUGGGGGCGAGGAGGAAAGCACUUGCAAGUGA